CUGGAAUUUGGGGAGUGGAAAUACCACUCACUGUUACUUUCACAGUUGGCGUCAAGUCGAAUGAGAGUGACUCCUCUGACAUUCUACUCUGUCGGUCAGUCAGCGCGCUUCGGAAAAGGGGCGAACCUUUACCGAACGGAACGCAGUCAAGAGGAUUAAGAAUUGGGUAGUCCGCUCGCACUCUCAGUACGCAGGUGUUUGUAGCUAACUCAUGCCUUGGUUGAUUUUAGACGGGAUAGUGAGUGUAUGAGAUAUUAUUGAAUUCUGGAACUUUUUCGUUACAUUUUUUUAUGUAAAAAUAUAAAUUUUCGAGUGAUACCUGUCGGGGCACUUUAGGUGACUGGAUUUUCUUAAUCAACAAUUGUUUUCUGCGUUUGGAUUAUUAUAAUUUUCCUUGGAAAUGGCACAUUCGUAUUCUGGGAGAGAUACACGAGUUCCAGAGAGAGGAAACCGUAGUUGAAUAAUAACACAGGAUGCUGCUUGCGACCUGAAGCACUCAGAAGAAUUUAGACAUUUCUGAGACGUUUGUUAUUUUGCUUUGCGCACUAUAAGAAGGUGGACAUAUCAAGUAUUUUUUACAUUUUUUUUUACACGUGUGUAUUUUACAGCACAAUGAUGUAUUGUGGAUUUAUACUUUUCUUUUCAACUCAACUCCUCUUUGUGGCUUCAUUGACUCAAAGUCAUAAAUGUGGAGAUAACAUUGAGAUAACCAGUGCAGAUUAUCUCACCUCUCCUGGCUAUCCGACAUCAUACCCUCCAUCACAACAAUGUAUGUGGGUGAUAUCGGCCCCAGACCCAGGACAGAAGAUACUCAUCAACUUUAACCCUCAUUUUGAUCUGGAGGACAGAGACUGCAAGUAUGACUAUGUGGAGGUGUUUAACGGUGGAGAUGAGGAGGCUCCGACCCUGGGGAAGUUCUGUGGGAAGAUAGCCCCCUCCCCCAUCAUCUCCAGCGGCAACGAGCUCCUAAUCAAGUUUGUGUCCGACUACGAGUCUCCCGGUGCUGGAUUCUCAGUGCGCUACGAGGUCUUCAAGACAGGACCUGAGUGUUCUAGAAACUUCACCUCGUCUAAGGGCGUUAUAAAGACACCAGGCUUCCCUGACAAGUACCCCAACAACCUGGACUGUACCUUCAUGAUCAUCGCCCCCAAAAUGUCAGAGAUCGUGGUGGACUUUGACACGUUCGACAUGGAGCCUGACACCACCCCUCCACCCGGGGCACUGUGUCGCUACGACUGGCUGGAGAUCUGGGAUGGGUUCCCUGCAGUGGGACCCCACAUUGGGCGGUACUGUGGUAACAGCAGUCCUGGCCGAGUCAUCUCCUACACAGGGAUCCUUUCUAUGACCAUCAACACAGACAACGCCAUCGCCAGAGAGGGCUUCUCAGCCAACUACACUGUCAGAGAGAGGAGCCUACGACAGGGACCAGAGGAAUUGACCUGUCUGGAGGGCCUGGGGAUGGAGUCAGGAGAGAUCACCUCAGAUCAGAUCACUGCCUCCUCUCAGUACAACCCCAACUGGUCCCCAGAACGCUCCAGACUCAACUACAAAGAGAACGGAUGGACCCCCUCAGAAGACUCUGCUAGAGAGUGGAUACAGGUGGACCUGGGAUUCCUCCGUUUUGUUUCAGCUGUGGGAACACAGGGAGCAAUCUCCAAGGAGACGAAGAAGGAGUACUUUGUCCACUCCUACAAAGUGGACGUGAGCUCCAAUGGAGAGGACUGGGUCACAAUAAAGGAGGGAUCCAAGCAGAUGAUUUUCCAGGGGAACCACAAUCCUACAGAGGAAAAAAGGUCGUUCCUACCGAAGCAGACUCUAGCCCGUUACGUCCGCAUCAGACCCAUGUCUUGGGAGAUAGGCAUCUGCAUGCGCUUCGAGGUGUACGGCUGCAAGACAUCAGACUACCCUUGCUCCGGCAUGCUGGGGAUGGUCUCUGGUCAAAUCUCAGACGCCCAGAUCAGCGCGUCAUCGCACGCAGAGCGCGGCUGGGUACCAGAGAACGCCAGGUUGCUGACAGGGAGGUCGGGCUGGACCCAGCAACAGACCAGACAUCCCUUCCGGAACGAGUGGCUGCAGAUGGACCUGGGCCAGGACAAGCUGGUCAGCGGCCUGCUCAUCCAAGGAGGACGUCACAGAGACAAGAAUGUGUUUAUGAAGAAGUUCAAGGUGGGCUACAGCAACAAUGGCUCUGACUUUACUAUGGUGAAGGAAGACAACAGCUCUAGGCCUAAGAUCUUCAUUGGGAACCAGAACCAUGACACCCCAGAGCUGCGUACCCUGGGCCCUCUGCUGACUCGCUUCCUUAGGGUCUACCCAGAGAGAGCCACCCCCGAUGGCCUGGGGCUCAGACUGGAGCUGCUGGGCUGUGAGAUCCAGGAGCCCACAACUCUCCCACCGACCACGGCUGUAGCAACCAUGUUUGCUGUAACCACGUUCGCUGCCACCACAACCGCAUCUGUGACCAUGCCCACCCUGACGUCAGAGUGUGACGACCAGGAGGCCAGCUGUCACAGUGGAACAGGAGGAGGGGAGGACUAUGACACAACAGGUGGCACCACAUUGGCAGACCCAACCCUGGAGGAAGAGCUUGUGCCAGAGUACCUGUGGUUUGCUUGUGACUUUGGCUGGGCGGGCAACCCGUCGUUCUGUGGCUGGACACUGGAGAAGGAUACUGGUGCUGAGUGGAUGAUUCAGACCAGCGGGGCCCCCACCGUCCACAAAGGGCCCAACCUGGACCACACAGGAGUUCCAGGGAACUUCAUCUACAUGCAGCUGGCUGCUGAGACCGAAAUGGAAGAGGAGGAGGACGAGCAGGAGGAGGACGAGCAGGAGGAGGACGAGGUGGAGGAGAGGGUGGCACGCCUAGCCAGCCUGCCUGUCACCGCCCCAGACACCAACCUGUGUGUGUCCUUCUGGUACCACAUUUUCGGGGAGCACGCUGGCACCCUGCACAUCAAACAGAGGAGACAGACAGAGGAGGGGCGGGCGGAGGCACUACUCUGGACCGUCAGUGGACACCAGGGCAGCAGAUGGAGGGAGGGUCGGCUGUUGGUGCCCCACUCCAGCACACCCUAUGAGGUGGUGAUUGAGGGAGUGGGAGACAGGAGCACAGGACACAUCGCGCUGGACAAUAUAAAGAUCCUGGAUGGACUCACACCAGAGGAGUGUAAGGAUCCAGAUGUACCAGAGGCUCCUACGUCCCAGCCAACAGAGAUCUGCAUAUACCCGAUGGACCCCUACUACCCAGAGGAAGUGGAGAAUAGCGAGCUGGGUGGCCCAGGCAACAUGCUGAAAACCCUGGACCCCAUUCUCAUCACCAUCAUCGCUAUGAGCGCUCUGGGGGUUUUCCUGGGAGCUAUCUGUGGUGUCGUCCUCUACUGUGCCUGCUCGCACGGCCACAUGUCCGACAGCAGGAACUUGUCGGCUCUGGAGAACUAUAACUUUGAGCUGGUGGACGGCGUCAAGCUAAAGAAGGACAGCAAGCUGAAUGCACAGAACAGCUACUCAGAAGCGUGAGCGUCAUCCUCUGAGGGAAGAGAACACAAGCAGCCUCAUGGCUGGAGGAACUAGACCACCGGACGGAGGGUUGUGAGUUGUGACUCAAGUGUUGUCCUAUUCCUUAUAUAGUGCACUAUGUAGGGGAUAGGGUGGCAUUUGGGAUGCAGCUGGCUAUAGUGAUGGUGGGAGGUUGUGACUGAGCCAUGCUAUUCUCAGGAGCUGCAGUGAAAGGAACCUACCCGUAGUGGGCACUGUGUAUAAAUAAAACGUGUACAGCAAAAAUUAUUGUUUUGUUUUUUGUUUGUUUUGCGACGUGCUUUGUUUUUCUGUAAUCAGAUGCUGGUGAUGAGACCAAUUGAGAAUAUUUAUCAUGUUUUUGUUAUUUUUCUUUUGGAAGGAUAGGAUAUUUUAUUUUUCAUCAGAGGUCAUUAUUAUUCACAGAAAGCGCAUAGAAACGUAUAUUCACUAUCCUGACACGUGGCUCUUCGGCUGGCCAUGUUAUCAGUUUGUAUGUCUGCAUCGAUUUGUGCAUCUUGUUUGUGUGUGUGUGUGUGUGCGUGCAUGUACGCAUGCAUGUGCGUGCGUGAGCAAGUGUAUGUGCAUGCAUGUAUGUAUGCAUCCAGAGGGUGCCUGCCCUGGCCCUAGACCUGUGUCUAGUUCCACAGUGCCUUUUUGAAAGUUUAUGUUGCCUUUUCUCCACUGAUUCUGUUCUGAUCAUAGCAGUACGUUAGGCAUCAGCUGGUAGAGUCUGAUUCUGUUCUGAUCAUAGCAGUACGUUAGGCAUCGGCUGGUAGAGUCUGAUUCUGUUCUGAUCAUAGCAGUACGUUAGGCAUCGGCUGGUAGAGUCUGAUUCUGUUCUGAUCAUAGCAGUACGUUAGGCAUCGGCUGGUAGAGUCUGAUUCUGUUCUGAUCAUAGCAGUACGUUAGGCAUCGGCUGGUAGAGUCUGAUUCUGAUCAUAGCAGUACGUUAGGCAUCGGCUGGUAGAGUCUGAUUCUGUUCUGAUCAUAGCAGUACGUUAGGCAUCAGCUGGUAGAGUCUGAUUCUGUUCUGAUCAUAGCAGUACGUUAGGCAUCGGCUGGUAUAGUCUGAUUCUGUUCUGAUCAUAGCAGUACGUUAGGCAUCAGCUGGUAGAGUCUGAUUCUGUUCUGAUCAUAGCAGUACGUUAGGCAUCGGCUGGUAGAGUCUGAUUCUGUUCUGAUCAUAGCAGUACGUUAGGCAUCGGCUGGUAGAGUCUGAUUCUGAUCAUAGCAGUACGUUAGGCAUCGGCUGGUAGAGUCUGAUUCUGUUCUGAUCAUAGCAGUACGUUAGGCAUCGGCUGGUAGAGUCUGAUUCUGUUCUGAUCAUAGCAGUACAUUAGGCAUCGGCUGGUAGAGUCUGAUUCUGUUCUGAUCAUAGCAGUACGUUAGGCAUCGGCUGGUAGAGUCUGAUUCUGAUCAUAGCAGUACGUUAGGCAUCAGCUGGUAGAGUCUGAUUCUGAUCAUAGCAGUACGUUAGGCAUCGGCUGGUGGAGUCUGAUUCUGAUCAUAGCAGUAUGUUAGGCAUCGUGCUGGUAGAGUCUGAUUCUGAUCAUAGCAGUACGUUAGGCAUCGGCUGGUAGAGUCUGAUUCUGUUCUGAUCAUAGCAGUACGUUAGGCAUCGGCUGGUAGAGUCUGAUUCUGUUCUGAUCAUAGCAGUACGUUAGGCAUCGGCUGGUGGAGUCUGAUUCUGUUCUGAUCAUAGCAGUACGUUAGGCAUCGGCUGGUAGAGUCUGAUUCUGAUCAUAGCAGUACGUUAGGCAUCGGCUGGUGGAGUCUGAUUCUGUUCUGAUCAUAGCAGUACGUUAGGCAUCGGCUGGUAGAGUCUGAUUCUGAUCAUAGCAGUACGUUAGGCAUCGGCUGGUAGAGUCUGAUUCUGAUCAUAGCAGUACGUUAGGCAUCGGCUGGUAGAGUCUGAUUCUGAUCAUAGCAGUACGUUAGGCAUCGGCUGGUGGAGUCUGAUUCUGUUCUGAUCAUAGCAGUACGUUAGGCAUCGGCUGGUAGAGUCUGAUUCUGAUCAUAGCAGUACGUUAGGCAUCGGCUGGUGGAGUCUGAUUCUGUUCUGAUCAUAGCAGUACGUUAGGCAUCGGCUGGUAGAGUCUGAUUCUGAUGAUAGCAGUACGUUAGGCAUCGGCUGGUAGAGUCUGAUUCUGAUCAUAGCAGUACGUUAGGCAUCGACUGGUAGAGUCUGAUUCUGUUCUGAUCAUAGCAGUACGUUAGGCAUCGGCUGGUGGAGUCUGAUUCUGUUCUGAUCAUAGCAGUAUGUUAGGCAUCGACAUAUAGAGUCUGAUUCUGUUCUGAUCAUAGCAGUACGUUAGGCAUCGGCUGGUAUAGUCUGAUUCUGUUCUGAUCAUAGCAGUACGUUAAGCAUCGGCUGGUAGAGUCUGAUUCUGUUCUGAUCAUAGCAGUACGUUAGGCAUCGGCUGGUGGAGUCUGAUUCUGUUCUGAUCAUAGCAGUACGUUAGGCAUCGGCUGGUAGUCUGAUUCUGUUCUGAUCAUAGCAGUACGUUAGGCAUCGGCUGGUGGAGUCUGAUUCUGUUCUGAUCAUAGCAGUAUGUUAGGCAUCAGCUGGUAGAGUCUGAUUCUGAUCAUAGCAGUACGUUAGGCAUCGGCUGGUAGAGUCUGAUUCUGAUCAUAGCAGUAUGUUAGGCAUCAGCUGGUAGAGUCUGAUUCUGAUCAAUGCAUUACGUUAGGCAUCGGCUGGUAGAGUCUGAUUCUGAUCAUAGCAGUACGUUAGGUUGGUAGAGCAGGGUCAGAUUGGCAGGAUUCCAUGCCAUCCCUCCAUAGCACAUGACACAUCCAACUUAUUGUACAUAGGUUUUAAUAUAUUUGAGCACCUUUAUAAAAAGAGACAAAAUGCUGCAGUAUCCUUUCUUUGUGGUUUAUGUAUCAUAGGCAAUGUUAUCUGGCUGUCAUCAUGUAUGUAACAGACAUUUUGUGUUGUUAAGUUCCAUUGGUGCUCUCCCAAUGCUGCCUGGGAAAUGAGGGUUAUUAUAGCCAAUGGUUAUGGCCUUUUGAGAGAUGUUCGGAUUCAGCCAUGAUCGUCAGUAUUGAGCCUUAUUAAUAGGGGCAACAAUUGGCUACAAAGGCCUAACAAGGAGAGAGUGAAGAAGUGUCCAAAAUGACACCCUAUUCCCUAAAGAGUGCACUACUUUUUACCAGAGUGGGGCGGCAGGGUAGCCUAGUGGUUAGAGUGUUGGACUAGUAACCGAAAGGUUGCAAGUUCGAAUCCCCGAGCUGACAAGGUACAAAUCUGUCGUUCUGCCCCUGAAAAGGCAGUUAACCCACUGAUCCUAGGCCGAAAAUAAGAAUUUGUUCUUAACUGACUUGCCUAGUAAAAUAAAAUUUAAAAAAAUAAAAAGUAGUGUACUAUAUAUGGAAUAUGGUGGUAUUUGAGACGUAGUCAGACUGGGUGGCUGAAGCAUCUCUACGAAGAAAAUGCUAUGACAAUACCUGGGAUAUUAUGGGCCAGUUUCUCAGACAUAGAUUCAGAAUCUCAUUGAGAAUGCUUUCAAGUCCUGGACUAGGCUUAACCUAUGUCUGGGAAAGUGGCCCUACAUGUCUGUGGUAGAAUGAUGGCCCUUGAUGGAAUGAAAGAGACCCGUGUGACAUCAUGCUGUUUUUAUGUACUGUAGCCUACAUCCUCUUUGAUCUCCUUGUUGUCUGUAUUGAAUGUUAAUGUGAAGAGUUCAGACAAAACAAAGCACUGUAUGAAAUGGCGAAGACAUAGGUCCAAGGUUUAAUCAAUGGAUGUGAUGAGGCUUAUUCCUUCCGACGGGGUCUAUGAGCUUCUAUGCUUAGAUUCUUUCAUGUUUUCUUCAUGCGGUGGUAGCUAGUUAAACAGCUGUUUCAUAGUUCUGCUUCGAGCUCAUAACAGUAUUCCACAUUCCAUAGGAUUAGAAUGAUUGUAAUUCAAAUGAGUCAUUCUAUUUCUAUGGUUCCACCCCUUGUAAAGGCAUAAUGUUUUGGUGUUGUCUUCGUCAAUAGGAAAGGAUGCUGCAGCACUAGAUGUGAAAACAAUGUUGCACUGAUAUAUUUAAAAGAUCUUUGUGUUGUUUAUGAUAUUCACUUGUGAAAAAAGAGAAAGAAAGCAAAAGAAGGAUAAGACAGUGUUACAGAUAACUCUUUUAUAUGGUUUCAGAUGAUAUAGUUCUGAAAUGUACAAUUAUGGAGAUGUUUUUCAUUAUUGAAAAAGCUAUACAUGUCUCUUUUACUUACAUAAUGUUUAACUUGGUAUGUUAUAUCACCUUGUGUUUUUUGUACUGUCACAAAUGUCUGUGCCAUUUUUUUUUCUACAAAAUGUUUGAUUUUCAAUACUGCUUCUGUAAUUUGCAGUCCCAGAUAAAAAAAAAAAAGAAAAAAUACGUAAGCAGUUGAGGCCUUAAUGACUCAAGUAAUGUUUCUUUACUUGGACUCCGUCCCAAAUGUUCCUAUUCCCUAUAUAGUGCACCCAUAGAGCUCUGGUCAAAAGUAGUGCACGAUGUAGGGAAUAGGGUGCCAUUUGACUCCCUGGUCAGCUUCAAGACCCAUCUGUCUAUGUUGUUUCUGACUCUGAUCAAUGACUACUACAUUCCAAAGAAUUGGAUCAAAUAAAAGUUUGAAUAAGAUGAA